CCCGUGCAACCGGCGAGUUAUCGGGGACGAAGCUGCGGGAGCGCGCGGACAGUGGCCAGCCGCGGAAUAGUUGUGUGCUGCAGCCACGAAGGAGGGUGAUGGAAGGGCGUCAAGAGGCUGGGAAGGAGAACAAGCCCUCCUCCAUAUCAGUGGACCCGCAGGGAGACAGCUCCUUACAGGUGGAGAUCUCUGAUGCAGUGAGUGAGCGGGACAAGGUGAAAUUCACUGUUCAAACCAAGAGCUGCCUCCCUCACUUCGCCCAAACGGAAUUCUCAGUUGUGCGGCAGCACGAGGAGUUCAUCUGGCUCCACGAUGCCUACGUGGAAAAUGAGGAGUACGCCGGCCUCAUUAUCCCCCCAGCCCCUCCAAGGCCAGACUUUGAGGCUUCGAGGGAAAAGCUGCAGAAGUUGGGCGAGGGGGACAGCUCCAUCACGCGGGAAGAGUUUGCCAAAAUGAAGCAGGAGCUGGAAGCGGAGUACCUGGCAAUCUUCAAGAAGACAGUUGCAAUGCAUGAGGUCUUUCUGCAACGCCUGGCGGCCCACCCCACCCUGCGUCGAGACCACAACUUCUUUGUCUUUUUGGAAUAUGGCCAGGAUCUCAGUGUCCGAGGAAAGAACAGGAAGGAGCUCCUUGGGGGAUUUCUGAGGAAUAUUGUGAAGUCUGCAGAUGAAGCCCUCAUCACCAGCAUGUCAGGGCUCAAGGAGGUGGAUGACUUCUUUGAGCAUGAGAGGACCUUCCUGCUGGAGUACCACACCCGGAUCCGGGAUGCCUGCCUGCGGGCAGACCGUGUCAUGCAGUCCCACAAGUGCCUGGCAGAUGAUUAUAUCCCUAUGUCUGCUGCACUGAGCAGUCUGGGAACACAGGAAGUCAACCAGCUAAAGACGAGCUUCCUCAAAUUGGCAGAACUCUUUGAACGACUAAGGAAGCUGGAAGGCCGAGUGGCCUCUGACGAGGACCUCAAGCUGUCAGACAUGCUGAGAUACUACAUGCGAGACUCACAGGCGGCCAAGGACCUGCUGUACCGGCGGCUGCGGGCGCUGGCCGACUACGAGAACGCCAACAAGGCACUGGACAAAGCACGUACUAGGAACCGGGAGGUGCGGACCGCGGAGAGCAACCAGCAACUGUGCUGCCGACGCUUCGAACGCCUCUCUGACUCAGCCAAGCAGGAGCUCAUGGAUUUCAAGUCCCGCCGCGUGUCCUCCUUCCGCAAGAACCUCAUUGAGUUGGCAGAGCUGGAGCUCAAACACGCCAAGGUGAGCCCUCCAGCCUCCGUGCCGUCUUGCUGUCCCUCUGCCAUCCACUCCCAGACCUCUAGAUUCUUACCAAAUGCUUGCAAGUAUGUGUCGAGGGGGAGGUGGACCUUGAGCAGCCCCAGUUGAGGUUCAGGGCCAGGUUUCCUCUUCCACCAGGACCCCUUCCCUUAUCACCAUCAGCAGUAAGCCCUCAACAAAUGGUAGCCGUUAUUGCUGAGAAUAAGAAUGCAAAGACGGAAGGGACAGGAGGUGUGGGAAGAGAAGCACCCUGAAGCAGGGAGCAGGGUGGCAGGGGGUGGGGGUGGGGGCAUCAAGGACCUCUCUCCUAUGCAGGCCAGCACCCUCCUUCUCCGGAACACCCUUGUCGCGCUCAAGGGGGAGCCUUAGAGCAGCCAGAGCCUGCUCUGGGGCCUUUUAGUGGCAAGAGCCCACCCCCCCCCCCUUCUCACCCCAACAAGAUGCCACCCCCACAGCAGCCACUGGCCAGGCCCCAUGACCUCCCAGGGCAAGGGCAAGCCCAAGCCCUACUCCCACCCAAAGGUGUCAGGUCCUACAAAAGGAAGAUAGGGCAGCAUGAGUACCGUCCUUGGUCACAGGUAAGCAGAACCCCAGCUUUGGGGAGGCCUGGGCCCUGGACCUCCCUCCUCUCCUGGGGACCGAGGGGCAGCCCCCACACCUUGUCCCCCACCCCACCCCCAGAGUUCAUUUGUCCCCAUCCUGUUCACAAAUAAAGAACUUGGUUC